AUGGAAAGAAAAGGUGCAGUGGAGAAAAUCACUGAUGUCAACAGAGAUGCUAGAUACCGUCAUAAUGUCAGGACAGAAUCAGAGAACACCGACACCAAGAGACACCAAACACUUCAACACACAGGAAGUGGCUGUGUGAAUGUCAGAAACUUCAGAGCAGCUGUAGUGUGUUUGGUUCUGCUGUGUGUUCUUCUGCUGACUGCAGUCAUAGUGCUGGGAGUCAAUCUCCAUGAUAUGAUUGAGGAGUUUUACAUCAAGAACAAAAACAUCACAGAUGAAAUAAAGGACUUAGAGAAAAGAAAAUCCAACUUGGCCAGUGAUGUUACAAAAAUAUCAGCUACGAAUGAAAGUCUAUUUGCACAAAAUAAAAUAUUACAUAAGGAGAUGGAAGAAUUGUGGCUGGAGAUAAGCAAAAUGGAUAGAUGGAAGUGCUAUCAAUCCAGUCUCUACUAUGUUUCCUCAGAGAUGAAAAACUGGCGUGAGAGCAGAAGAGACUGUAAAGAGAGAGGAUCAGAUCUGAUCAUCAUAAACAACAAAGAGGAACAAGACUUUGUGAAAACGGUUUCUGGUGGUUCUGGAUUCUGGAUUGGUCUGACUGAGGUGAAGAGCACGUGGAAAUGGGUUGAUGACAGCUUACCGAUCACUGAGUUAUGGGCUUCUGGAAAACCUAGUGAUAGCUCUGGUAAUAAGGAUUGUGCUGUAAAUCUGUCAUCAGGGUUUGCUGAAUAUUCAUGUGAUCAAAAACGUAAAUGGAUCUGUGAGAAGAACAUUUGAAAGAAAUAAUUACACUGUUAAUAAAGGGUUGUAAAAACAUGA